AUGUCAGAACUUUACUUUGCUUAUCGUAACAAUGAAAUUGAUAAAGCUAAGAAAUAUCUUGAAGAGCUGUCAGGCGCUGAUAUAAACCGAAGGGAAUCGAAUGGAAGUACAGCUUUACAUGUUGCUUGUUAUUAUGGAAAUGAAGAUAUAGUAAAGCUGUUAUUACAGAGUGGAGCUAGCCAAGCAAUACGAAACACGAGGUUUGACUUAACGGUAUAUCAAGAAGCUCGUUCACAUAAGAUAAGAAAGCUCUUUGAACGUCCAGAUGAUAGCGAUCGCUUUAUUUGCUACUUAAGCACAAAUGAAUGGACAUUAGUUGAUAUCCAUGUUGCUGAGGCUAGCAACAAAUUUCGUGACUAUUUGAAAAGUAUAUUCGAUAAAUCAGAUCUGAAGGAUAUGAUUUCCACGAUAAGCGAGUUUUAUAUCGAAGACACAAGACAAAUAUCAUCAAGAUAUGUGGAUGUAUCAAAUAGUUUAGGAAAGACGAUAUACGGUGAAUUACUAACAAGUGCAUUGAUAGACAGAAAACACACAAGGCGACUUUCGUACGGCGCGAUUUCGAAUAAAAAUGGUGCCAUAAUUGAUUGGUUUCUUACUAAAGCGGUAGAUGAAGUAGAUCCAAUUUUUAUUGUUCAGGCCUACACAUCAACAACAAAUUUUUAUCAAAUAGUCAACAAACAUUUAUCACUUCGAUUAUUAGAUAAUUUUAAAUGGGAUAUCAGUAACGCUUUUCUUCGACCAUUCAGGCGUCUUGUUAUCGACGUUUAUGAUGAAGAAGAAGUAGCCGGUCUUUUUGCUGCUAUUUUUAUACAUUGUCCGCUACUUGAACCGUACAGUUUUGUGAGACAAUGUUUUAGGGGCAUGUUAAUAUCAGAAGAUGAUCUUAAAAUAUAUCAUGUUGGAAGCCUAAUCAUGAAUAAAACAUUCUUAUCUGCCUCGAAACAGCAAGCAGUAGCAAAACUGUUUGCUGGCGAAGGACAGACAAGUAAUUUGAGACAAACCCCCGAUCAGAAAAACAUCCAAUGGUCAGCAUUAUGUACUUAUAACAUAAAAAGUAACCGCAGUGCUUUGCAAAUAGAGUCAAUAUCGGAAGUGCAAUGUGAAGAGGAAGUUUUAAUAAUGCCUCUGUAA